AUGGCCCCGAUCGUCCCACCUUUCACUGCGGAGACGGCACUUCAGAAGGUCAAGGUCGCGCAAGACCUUUGGAACACUAGAAACCCAGAGAAAGUCGCGCUUGCCUAUACACCCGACACGAUCUGGCGGAACCGCGACUCAUUCAUGACCGGGCGAGAUGAAGUCAUCGAGUUCUUGCGCAAGAAGUGGGCAAAGGAGAACGGUUAUCGGCUCAGGAAGGAGCUCUUCGCGUUCCAGGACAACAGGAUUGCGGUACAGUUCUUCUACGAAUGGUUUGAGGAGAAGUCGGAUGGCGUGAAGCAAUGGUACCGCUGCUACGGACUGGAGGAUUGGACGUUCGCGGAGGACGGCCUCAUGCGGAAGCGGCAGAUGAGUGGGAACGACGUCCCCAUCUCCGACGAUGAACGCUGGUUCAAGGACGGCGUUGACCUCAAUGUGUUCCCUAUUGCCGAGAAACAUCUCUAG